AUGCUCCUCUUCCUCGCCCGGCGUUUCUAUGACGUCGAGAUGCUCCUCAGCUUGAAGUCUCGGCUAAAGAGGAGAGGACUACAGAAGAAGAAUGCUUACUACAGCUACACUGAGAGCCGUUAUGGGGCUGACACUGCAGCGGCAUACUAUGUCUUGAAUUUAAAGGGAGGAUUUCGUUUUGUUGGCCAGUUGGACUGGUUCCGUGCAGACCACAGGGGCAAAUUCAAUUGGGACUUCUUGAACUAUAAAGACACACCCCUUGAGGAAGUGGACAUGAGCUAUACAGUCAUCAACUACACUGGACUGACCAAUUUGGAGGGGCAGCGAUCUUUGCAGACUCUGUCCUUAAGAGGAUGUCCUGAAGUGGACGACUGGUUCUUGGCCAGGCUCCAUGUAUUCCAAAACUCUCUAAAGGAGCUGGACAUCUCUCAUUGCCCGCGCAUCACCACUGGCGGGCUGGCUGCUCUGAGGAACCUCAAGGGCCUGCGCCGUUUGGACGUGUCAUCCCUCCAAGGGAUUUCAUCUCCUGGGUUGGUGGUCAUCCUGCUUGAAGAAAUGCUACCACAGUGUGAGGUCGUUGCUAAUGGCUACAGCUUCAGCUUAGAGGCAGGGAGUCAGUGA